AAGUCUUUGUACAACUUUAAUUUUUAGCACGUCUAUUACUGCUUUAUUUCUUUUUCUUUUCUUUUAACAAUUUGUAUUUUAGAACCAUUAACAAAGUUGGAUUAGAUUCCCUUGAUCAGCUUACCUUCCUUCAUGCUACGACUUUAGAUCUGGAUACAACAACUUUUAACAUCUUUACAGUCUUUAUACCAACCAACAGCCAUCUUAAAUCUCAUACUUCAUAUUGCAUAUUAGAUUUUUCUUUAAUCUGUUAAUAACGAUCAAUAAUACCUCUCGUUGAUCUGUAGACCUCUUCCAUUCCUUUUUCAGAUAUAUCUGUAUUUCAUAUCCUACAUAUACAAAUAACUCCUCUAUUUUACUAUCCUUAUAUCUUCUAUAUAAAACCGUUUACUUGAAUGUUGAGCUCGCCCAGAAAUUCUGUUACACACAAUCAACAAGCUAAACUAGCAAUAGAUUAUACCGAAUUACUUAAGGAGCUAUCGUCGCAUGAAAUAACGUCCGUUGGUUGCUAUACAAUAGGAGAAACUAUUGGCCAGGGAACCUACGGGAAGGUUAAAAAGGGCUUCCAUAAAUUAACAGGAAAAGUAGUUGCAAUCAAGAAAAUCAGUAAACAGCAUGCGGCUAUGAUGGCUAGAGAGAUUCAUCACCAUCGACAAUUAAAGCAUCCUAAUAUUGUUAUGUUAUACGAAAUGAUUACAACAGAAUCGGCUAUACAUAUCAUAUCAGAGUAUUGUUCUAAUGGAGAUUUGUUAGAUGCUCUGACGAAAGAACCUACCGGCCGCUGCUCCGAACCCAAAGUGCGCAGAUGGUGUCAACAGUUGGCAGAUGCCAUCAAAUAUUGUCAUACGCGUGGCAUAGUGCAUAGAGAUCUUAAACUAGAGAAUAUCUUAUUGGAUUCAAAUGAUAAUGCCAAGAUAUGCGAUUUUGGUUUUGCACGUUUUGCGCAGAAAAACCAAUUUUUAGAAACAUUUUGUGGUAGUCUUAGUUAUUCAGCUCCUGAGGUGAUAUUAUGCAAAAAAUAUAGAGGGCCAGAGUGUGAUGUUUGGUCACUAGGAGUUAUCUUAUACACACUGCUUGCUGGAGAAUAUCCUUUUGACGAUGAUUCUGACGUAGUCACUCAACGAAAGAUCGUGGCAGUGGAUUAUGUGAUACCCUUCUAUUUCUCCGCAGACUUGAGCGACCUUAUAACGAAUAUGCUCCAACUCGUGCCAUCAAAUAGACUGACAAUAGAUGCCAUUUUAAAUCAUCCUUGGACAACGGCGUCAACAAUAGUAGAUGAUGACGAAGAACCACAGGAGGAAACAGAAGCUCACAGUGACGAGUCAUCACUUGAAGAAGAGGAAACAUGCGUAACUCCAUCAACUUCAACGACCACUGCCGAUCUCGUAGUUGCAGCUGAGAUGAAUACCAUUCUUACAGAAAAAAACCGCAGUCUAGACACGCCCACUUCUGACCCUAUCAAUAAGCCUAUAGCAAAUGACUCUGCACUACCUGAUACGAUAAUCAAAUUUUCGCCACAUGUACGAUCUAGCUUAGGCAUAACGUUAAGGCCCUCCCAAUCACUACAACAGCAGCAACAACAGCAACAAAAAUCUCCACGAUUCUCAGCACCUACAAGUCUAUCAUCCCCUCAUCAACAAUCAACCCUAUAUUCCUAUACAAUUUUGCAUAACCACCAUUCACAACAACCUCCUUAUAGAACUUCUCUACCAUCCUCAUUUCACAAAACGUCUAAAUAUCUUCAUUACGAUACCAUUACUUCGCAUCAGCAUGAGCUGCCUGCUAUGACUCCUGUAGAGCAACGCUUAUUUGCUGCUUUGACAGCAGCAGGUUUUGAUAAAGAUGCCCUUAUUAAGAUGCAAUCUGGACAGUGCGAUACUUCAAGCACCUUAUGGCACAUUCUACUAGAAAAUAUGUCAAAAAAUCCAUCUAUCACCUCUGGACAAGGAUCACAGUCUGUUCCUGAUGCAUUUGUCUCCGCCAUUCAGUCUCGAAAUCAAAAUAUGUUGCUCUCUCUGGCCUCUUUUGGCGAAGCAGCAAAAAAACAAUCCUCGGCAACACAUCCCUGUUUCAGGCCGUUUGAUUUUACUACUACCACGCCAACCAACAAAACCGGAAUUGACCGCGGUAUUCAGACAAGUAGUAUUGAAGACAACGAGAUAGGGGUUGUGAAUUGCAACGAUGAUGGUUCGCUCAAAAAGCCGCGAGAGACAGCAACAUCAUACUUAAAGUCCUACCCUCGGCCACCUACCUCAGCAAGUCAGCAAAAAAUAGAAACGGUUGGUUUUGGAUCUCCUGUUCUUCCAAAACACUCCCUUCAUUCUCCAUCAUCUACGACCUACGGAAAACCAUCAUGGCUUUCAUCUGUCAAAUCAUGGUUUGGUUCUCCGACUCUAGCUUAUAAUACUAACACAGUUGGUCAACAGCAGCAACGACAUUGCUCCUCUACCAAUUGCUCUACUGUUUCCUCACCUAUUGCUUCACCCUCCAGUUAUCGUAACUUCGACACCACUGUGCAAAGCAACGAUGCUUCCAGGAUUAUAUCUUCGCCUAUUUAUAGAAAUGGUGGCUCACUAUCAUCUCAACAACAACAAAAAUAUAGAAGACGUGCUUUACAAUUAUCCACACCACCCACAGGUGAAAUAGAUAAAAUGGCGUUUAUUAGUGUGGGUGUAUCUGCACCAACUACAAGCAAGCGUUUUAGUCGACGGCUAUCGACCGCUUCAAAUAGCAGCAAGAGGACUUCCUCUGCCACAGGAAGAAUUACUACUAAUUAUAGCAAUAAUAUAACAUAUCAGCAAUAUAUUUCAGAUAUCGCGUCUGUUGAUAAUAUGUUGCUAAUGCCUCGACCUACUACAGCAUUCAUGUCACCAUCUACAAAAGACGCCAAUUUUUCAAUUUUGACAGAUACUGCUGAGCUUCAAGAGAUUGAUAUGCUGACAGCAAAACGCUAUCCGUCCUCCAGUAUUUUGUGCCAUGAUGCAAACAAUUUCUGUGAACGAAGGGAUCCGAUUUAUGAUAGCGUUAGUAGCUAUAGUAGUAACAGUGACAGUACUAGCAGUGAUUCUAUCGAUGAUGAUGUUGAAGAGGCCGCUAAUGACAGAAAUUCGCUACCUGUACACACGCAGCAGUCAGAGCAAUUUGAUUGCACACUAGACUCAUCAACGUCAUUCACUUUUGGCAAUGAAAGUAACGCGGCGCCAUUACAGAUAAACGAGUCUGUUUCGAUGCUGUCACAGGAAGAACAACGUUUGAAAGAAGAACCUUUCACAUCUAUAAUUACAACAACUACUACUAUGACUGAUAAUACCACAUCUGUACCCAACAGCCUUCCGAUGAACUCUACAACAGCUGCUGAGCCGUUUGUAAAGAACACAGAUAACGAUGUUGAAAGUGAACUUGAAAGCAUUGUUCUUCCAAAAGGAGAAGAGAAGAAGCAAACUUCUAAUAAUCAUUCUCGAUUAACAGAAGUGCUUGAAAUGAAGAAAACGAGCACCAGUAACAGAAAACUUAUCAAACCACUUACACUUUCUGAAAAAGCAAUGUUACCUGGUGCUCCUUCUAGCUCGUUGUCCUCACCUACUACUUCUCUCUUCAGCCCUCGAUCCUCACGGUUUGAAUUUACGCCUAGAUCAAGGCUCAGCGUUUAUGGUAUGCAAGAAUCGAGGAGUACACCCAUGACUUCAAAAAUUAUUGUAGAGGAAGAAGAAGAGGAAGAGGAAAUCUAAAGAAAACAAGCUAGAUUAAAAAAAAAAAAAAAUAACAAUUUAUUAUAUUUCAUACUACUUAUCUUCUGUAAUCACAUAAUGCAUUUCAUCUUAUAAAAACCGUCAGAACUUAGAAGUAAUAC